UUUACUAGUUUGCCAAACCCUUCAUUUUCCCGAAAAAAGAAUUGUAGUGAAGUAUUUAGGGAUUCUUUAACAAUUGAGGCCGUUUUCUCCACUAAUUAGCCAUUGUCAAUUCAUUUAUAAACAAUUUAGGAGUACGUUUUAUACUUCCAGACCUAAUUCUGCAUUGCUUCUCGUCAUCGUGAAAGCCAUGGAAAUCUCUGUAUUUUUGGAUUCCAGUCCCACAACAUCUUCUGGUGGCAGAUAGAUUCCUUCAUUUCAGUAUUCGUAAUUGCUUGGGGCAAAGGAGUGGCAUAAAUGAAAUUAACCGAAAUAGGAGGCUGAUAUGCAUCUUUAGUUUAAUAGUUAUCUGAGUCGCUAAUCUAUAGAAUCCGACAGCCAUGGAUCUCCCAAAACCAAAGAAGAAAAGUAACCGCCUCCUCUUAAAGCAGAAGAAAGAAGUAGCUGAAGAUGAUCCCAAAAAUAUAUUUGGUCAUUUGCCACCAGAAAUCGCCAAGGACAUUCUCUCGAGGCUUCCCAAUGUCAAAUCUAUUUUCCAGUUCAGGUCUGUUUGUCGUUCCUGGGAACUCUGGUCUCAUGAUUCCCAUGUUUUUCGUAUGCACUUCUCUCGGAGUAGUAGUAGUACAAGGUCAAAACUUCUCUAUUUCUAUUCAUCAUAUAAAAACGAACUCCACUUUGUCGAAUUCUCUGAUAUUAAUGAAGAAGGAUUGAUUGCAAGUAAAAUUCAAAAUGCAUUUGUUGAUCUUACACCAAGAGCGUUUUCGGUGCUCGGCUCAUCCAAUGGCAUUAUGAUCUUACAAGAUCUGCAUAAUUGGAGAUGGAACUGCCUAUAUAAUCCAUUCACAAGGGACUAUAAACUUGUACCUGAAAUUGAUGGUUCUUCAUCUUAUUCGUAUUGGUGGGCUGCUUGCCAUCCACUUACCAAUGAUUACAAAAUAUUUGCUAUACGCCCCACUUAUGAUUUGGACGAAUUUAGGUCAAUAGCCUAUGUAUAUUGUCUGAGUAGGAAUGAGUGGACAAGAUUAGGAGAGUUUUCUUUUAAAGUAGAAGAUCAGUCGGAAAAUCAAGGAGUUUUGGUGAAUGGGAGACUCCACUGUCUCACUGUUCAAAACAAAGGGAAAUUGACUCGUUUUCUUAAUAUUACAUCGAUUGCCAUCAUGGAUUAUUCUGUCAAGGAUGUUCCCAUGCCUGUGGAGGUUAUAUUUCGAAACAGUAAAAGAUCUCAACUUGCUGUUUUAGGGGGGUGUUUGUCGGUUGGCGUAAGAAGAGUUGAUUCAAGGAUGCAUAUUUGGGUGAUGAAAACAUAUGAAGUGGAAUCAUCUUGGGUGAAGCAGUAUGUUUUUGGGGCCGAAUUUCUCAAAUUUGAUCGCAAUUGGAGGACCCGUGGUGAAGAAAUGUUACGGAUUGUAUGCCUUCUUAACAAUGAGGAAAUCUUGCUAGCUUACGAUGGACAUGGGCAAGGAAAUUUGAUUUCAUACAAUGUUGUUACUAAAGGUUAUAAGACUCUCACUUUUGGGGGAACGUUGCCAACAACGUCAUUUAGAUCAACAGUUGAUACGUGCUGCUGGUCAGCUUAAAUUCACACUCACAUUCAUUUAGUGCUUUCUUGCUCUGGAAAAGAAGCAUUUUUCAUCUGGCCUUUCAUUGUUUCAAUCUUAAUGUCACAGCAGUAACUGCCUGCUAUUUUAGGCUCUGAUGUUUUUGGAGUAGGAAACAGCUUAAAAGAAAUCGGUGUGGGGAAUUAUGAAAUAUGGGCUGGCUGUAAUGUGUUCUUCUUGAUGCUGGACAGGACCAUGGACAACUUCUGCUUGGUCAUAUUUUUGUAAUGUUUAGUAGUCUGUAUAUGGUAAUGAUGUUCUAAAUAAUAAUGUUUGAAGCUCCAUGUUUUUAAAGAUGUCUAAUUUUGUGUUUGUAUUUUUAUAAUUCGUAUAACUCAUAAUAUCCCCAUUCUGAAAUAAUUGCAUCGAGUUGAAUUUGUUAUUCUUCAUACACUCUACUUUGAUUA